UAAAAAUCCUAAAAACCGUUGAGUAUCAACGGUUGUAAUAGUUUUUAUAUUUCUAUAAGGGCCCUGCUCCUUGUCUCCGUUUUUUUCACCGCUCAGACUUUGUGGACGGGCCCUAACUUUGAUGCGUUCAGGGACCGGCUCAGAGGCUCGGACACUGCGCUGCUGAAACCCAUAACCUGAGUGUCCAGGGGAAAGCGGGUGAAGAUGCACCGAGGCUGAGCUGCGGUGAAGACCCGGGACUCCGCUCCUCUGCGGCGGGACAAGCUGCACGGUUCUCCCGGUCAGAGGAGGACAGCGACCGCACGUCCGGACGAAGUUCACGUGUAAAAACGAAGGUUUCACCUCUGACGUGAUGAGUUCACUGCCGCAGAUCAGCUCCAGGACGUUUCUGGUGAAGAAGAAGAAGUUUAAGUUCCAGGUGCACUUCUCUCUGGACCAGCUGACCGCGGUGCCCUUUGUCAACGGGCUGCUCUUCUGCAAGAUCCGACUCAUCGACGGAGGAGACUUCUCCGUCCUGUCAUCCAGGGAGGAGGUGCAGCAGAACUGUGUUCGAUGGAGAAAGAAGUUCUCGUUCGUGUGUAAGAUGAGCGCCAGCCCCGCCUCCGGAGUGUUGGACCCCUGCGUCUGCAGAGUCUCUGUGCGCAAGGAGCUGAAAGGAGGAAAAGCCUUUUCCAAGCUCGGUUUCGCUGAUCUCAACCUGGCAGAAUUCGCUGGAUCAGGCUCCACAGUCCGCUGCUGCAUCCUGGAGGGGUACGACACCAAGCACACCCGGCAGGACAACUCCAUCCUGAAGGUAACCAUCGGGAUGAGUCUUCUCUCCGGGGAUCCCUGCUUUAAGACGCCUCCCAGCACGGCCAAGUCGGUCUCCACCGGGGACGAGGACCCGACCCUGCAGCUGGACCGCAAGGGAGCGAGCACUGAUGCCACCAUGCAGCCACCAGGGGGCGUCCUGGAGGGACCCCGCACCUUCAAACCACGACAGCCGUCAGGACGGAGCUCAGGACUGCCUGAAGAGGGGGGGGGUCCAGAUGACGUCUUUCACUCUGGUCAUUUCCGCAGCUCCAGCUACGCCAGUCAGCACAGCAGGAUAUCAGGUCACAGCCCCGGUCACGCUCGCUGCUCCAGCCUGACCGACCUCAGUCACCACAGAAACGCUUCGUCCAGCAGCAGCGCUUCCUGUGGACACGCCCACUUGGCCCCGCCUCCUCCCUCCAGCCCCACUGAGCAUCAGAGGCAGGCCACGCCCACCAGACCGGAGCGGCCGCCUCCCCCCUCUGCAGCGGCGUUCAUGUCCAACAGAUCGUCCAGGAGGAAGCUGGACCCGGUGCAGAGACACCUCAGCUGCGUGGACGACACUCGUCUCGACGCUGACGACAUCGUGGAGAAGAUCCUCCAGAGUCAGAACUUCUCUGACGGCAGCAACAACGAAGACAGCAACCUGAGGCUGUUUGUCAGUAAAGACGGGACCACGGCGCUCAGCGGGUCGCUCGCCAACAGAGGAACUCCUGGUGUCUUUGAGCCGGUGGUCAUCGAGACGAACGGAGCUUGAAGGCGUCUCCGUCCCGCUCCGGACGUUAACGUCCCCUGACCAGCAGGUGGUCUCUAGGGUUCAGACCUGUGACAUGUGACUGAGCAGAGCUUCAUGAGUGUGAGACACUCAAAGUGAAACUUCAACCCAUACUUGAACAAAACCCUUAAAAAACCAGCGACUGUGAGAAGUGUAGUGCAACACUGACAUGAUGUGUUCAGGCUCCUUGUGAACUCCGUGACUCCCAGUGUCCACAUCUGGUGGAUUGUUGUGUGAACAUCAGGUUCAGAUGUCGUCUCUUUUCUCAGCUUCAGUUCAUGUUGUGGUUUAACGUUUGUCUGAUGAUGUCACGUUUCCAAUUCCUGGUGAUAAUGAUGUGAUUGUUUUCCUACUUGUUGACGAUGAUGAAACCAUCGAGAGGCUCCUACUGGGGACAGGAAGUCUGCCUGGAAAUGGAUCAAAAGCUUUUACCAUAUUUUAAAGUUAUUUGAUGAUUGUUUAGAAAAUGAAUAUAUUAUUUUGCACAUUUUUUUAAAACCACUAAAGGAAAAGGAGAUGGUACAGGACUUUUAAACGGCACAUGACAUGUUUUUAUUUUAAAGUUCUUAUUAUUUUUCAGUUCAGUGCUUCUUGUUCUCGGACAGAUAAGUCGUGAGUUGCUGUGAUGACACAGAGUGUGCGUUCAUAUGGGCGGCCAUUUACAACUUCUUGUCACAUUGCUGCAUGAACGUUUAUUCAUUUCUCAUAAAUUUAUGAAUCAUUAGUCUUUAAAAACGUUCUUAUGUUUCAAGGGCAUAAGGAGACAUUUUAAUUAAAGCUGCAGUAACUUGUUAGCGCUGCAGUUUAAAGCUUUAAAACGUGUAUGAGUCAAUAUUUACGUAGACUGAUCCAAAACCAAAAGUGAAGCCAAGUCAUCUUGAUCGCCCCCUGGUGGCUGGCUGCAGUACAGGCUUCUCUCAGCUAGGCUGCUCUUCACAGUUUUUCUCAGUUAUUGAUACAUAAACGGGCUGAGAUGUCAUGAUUGACAGCUGAGGAAUAUCAUAUAAAUAAAGAUGGACAAAAAGAAGGCUCCUGAAAGUCAAACCUAAGCAUCUUUAUCACCCCCUGGUGGUGAGAUUUCCUAUGCAUAGAGACUGACUACAAAUUAUUUUGUCAGCAAAAGAUGGCAGCGUUCGUAUCUAUGAUGUUUUGGAUUCAUUUCAGUUUGGAUAUCUAUAGAUAUCUAUAGAUAUAUAUAUCUAUAGAUAUAUAUAUAUAUCUAUAGAUAUAUAUAUAGAUAUAUAUAUAAUUUUGGGUCCAGCAGGCUGGUCUUAAGAUUCUUAAAAGAUUUUCUGUUAAAGCUCAAAUCAACACUUGUAUUUAACACUGACGUCUGUGGUCGAACCGUUGUGUUGAUGAAUAAUUUUUAACUUUGAUUUGUUCCAGAAAUAAUUUUCCUUUUCUUUGCACUCGCCCAAACGUUGUCUGUGAUUUUAUGAUAUAAUUGAACAACCAUGUACUUUUGUCCAUGCAUGAGGUGAAUGGGAUUUUUCUCUUCUUAUUGAAUUAACUUAAACUGAAUAAUGAAAAUGGGAUUAUGUUGCAUUUGUACUGGUGAUACUGAUAUAAUUCACUUUAUAGGGAGGUUUUGGUGAGAAGAAUAUAAACACUUUAACUGUGGUAACUUAAUAAAGUCAAAUUAUGACAUUGGAGCUAUAAUCAAAGAAUAUAUGCAUAUAAAACACAGUUUUAAUAUGUUAAAUAAACACUGUGUGUUGUGACAUUCUGUCGAAAUCCUUGAGCGUUUUCUGUUGA